CCUCUUAGUCUUGAUAAGACUCAUUUGGCAAUAUCCAAAGGAGAAACCAAACCCCGUACGUCCACUUGGGUUCAGGUUGUUUCAUUAUAAAAAUAUGGCACUAAUCAUGAAUGUUCAACACCACACUCUUCGAAACUUAAAACUCUUCUUUCGUAAUCUCGCUAACCAACGUACGCCGAUCAACAAUAAUGACCAACCACCUUCAAGAUCCCUUAACCACUAACUCUAAACCGGUUUUAACCAAAGAAGAACAAGAAGUGGACGAGAAGAUGGUGAGUUUGCAAGCGGAGAGCAUCGUCAACACCGUGGCCUUCCCUAUGGUUCUCAAAGCCGCCUUGGAGCUUGGUGUCAUCGACACAAUCGCUGCUGCAGGCAACGGCGCAUGGCUCUCACCAUCUGAGAUCGUGGUUCGUCUCCCAACCAAACCCACCAACCCGGAGGCGCCGGUGUUGCUGGACCGGAUGCUGCGCUUACUGGUCAGCCACUCGAUCUUCAAGUGUCGUAUGGUUGAAGCCAGAGAAAAUGGUCGAACCGGGAAGAUCAAUAGAGAAUAUGCAGCCGAACCGGUUUGCAAUUUUUUCUUGAAAGGUAGUGAAGACGGCUCUGGUUCUCUCUCGUCUCUGUUCUUAUUAUUCCACAGCCAAGUGUUUUUCAAGACUUGGACAAAUCUUAAGGAUGUGAUACUCGAAGGAAGCGAUGCAUUCAGCUCUGCCCACGGCUUGAGACUAUUUGAAUACAUUAACUCGGAUGAACAAUUCGCGGAGAUGUUUCAUUGUGCUAUGUCGAAACCUUCCACCAUGAUCAUGAAGAAUGUUCUUGAAGUUUACAGAGGAUUUGAAGAUGUUAAUACUUUGGUUGAUGUUGGAGGAGGAAAUGGAACCGUUUUAGGUUUAGUCACGUCCAAGUAUCCUCAUAUCAAAGGUGUUAAUUUCGACUUAGCUCAGGUUUUAACCCAUGCUCCUUUUUAUCCAGGAGUCGAGCAUGUCUCCGGAGACAUGUUUAUAGAGGUUCCAAAGGGAGAUGCCAUCUUUAUGAAAUGGAUACUACAUGAUUGGACGGACGAGGAUUGUGUAAAGAUUCUGAAAAAUUGUUGGAAGAGUCUACCAGCAGAAAAAGGGAAAGUGAUAAUCGUGGAGAUGACUACACCAACAGAACCAAAGAGUGGUGACUUAUUCUCCAACACUGUGUUUGCCAUGGACUUGUUGAUGUUAACUCAGUGCUCCGGUGGUAAAGAGAGAUCUCUUUUGCAGUUCGAGAGUUUGGCAUUUGCGUCAGGUUUCGUUCGAUGUGAAUACGUUUGCCGUCUUGCCUCAUCAUAUUCUGUUAUCGAAUUCCACAAAUAAGAUCUUGGAAUUUGAUUUGUACGAAAAUAAUACAAUGAUGACUGGUUUGGUGCAUGUGAAAUUACGGGGAUGCUUAAAAUAAUUCUACUUGAAGAUCGCAGUGAUUGUUUAGUACCAACGUAAGUGUAAUAAUUGUGAUAAGUGUGAAAGUGUGUGAGUGUACUUGUGCAAUUUGCUAUAUGGAUAUUUAAUCACAACGAAUAAGAGAACAAUUAAUGGCAAAA